UUGAGCUCGGUGUCAGUGGCCGGACACAGCCUACUCUUCAGACCAAUAGAUGGAAGAACUAGCUCCCCACCCAACCUACAUCAGCUUCUAGAUUUAUUCAGUAUUUUAAUAGCACUGGGAUUCAUCAUCUUACCGGACAUCCUUUCAACUUUCCCCACUGUCAGUGACAUGGCUAGUGAAAGUUUGCUGAUGCUUGAUUCCAUCCAGACUGACAGUGGUUUCACUCAUUCUGGGAGAUUAAAGUCAUGCCAUACCAAAUGGAAUAUUCAGGCUUCUGAAAUGUCAAAACGUACUUUCAACCCAAUCCGUACCAUUGUGGAUAAUAUGAAAAUCGAGCCAAAUCCCAAGAAGGCCAUGAUUUCACUCUCUAUUGGUGAUCCCACAGUUUUUGGGAACCUUCCAACGAAUGAAAAGAUUUUGCAGGCCAUGAAAGAAGCAGUGGACUCGGGAAAAUUCAAUGGCUAUGCACCUUCCAUAGGUUAUCAAAGUAGCAGGGAUGCAGUGGCUAAAUUCUACAGCUGUCCUGAGUCACCAUUGACGGCAAAGGAUGUGAUUUUGACCAGUGGUUGCAGCCAGGCCAUUGAACUGGCCAUCAGUGUGUUGGCAAACCCAGCACAAAACAUUCUGAUUCCCAGGCCUGGAUUCUCUCUCUAUAAAACACUCACUCUGUCUCUGGGCAUUGAAGUUAAACUCUACAAUUUACUGCCAAAAAGAUCGUGGGAAAUUGACUUGAAGCAUAUGGAAUCAUUGAUUGAUGAUAAAACUGCCUGCAUCAUAGUGAACAAUCCUUCAAAUCCAUGUGGCUCCGUGUUCAGUAAAUCCCAUCUUCAAGAUAUUCUGGCUGUUGCUGCAAGAAAUUACCUUCCAAUCAUAGCAGAUGAAAUCUAUGGCGAUAUGGUUUUUCCUGAAUACAAUUUUAUUACCCUUGGUUCUCUGAGCAAAAGUGUCCCCAUUCUGUCCUGUGGGGGCCUGGCCAAACGGUGGCUUGUACCUGGCUGGCGAAUGGGUUGGAUUCUCAUACAUGACCGGAAUGAGAUCUUGAGCAGAGAGAUCCGACAUGGCCUGGUCUGUUUGAGUCAAAGAAUUCUUGGUCCGUGCACAAUUGUACAAGGAGCAUUGGUAGAUAUUUUGAAUAAAACAACACAAGAAUUUUACGAUGACACCAAUGGCAUCCUGAAGUCCAAUACUGACCUUUGUUUCAAUGCUCUUGGAACGGUUCCUGGCUUAAGACCAAUCAAACCCUGUGGGACGAUGUACAUGAUGGUUGGUGUUGACAUAGAUAAUUUUCCUGAAUUCAGAAGUGACAUUGACUUCACAGAACGUUUGAUUAUGGAGCAAUCAGUUUUUUGCCUUCCUGCCACGUGCUUUGAGUAUCCAAAUUACUUCAGACUGGUUGUGACGGUUCCUGAAGACUUGAUGUCGGAAGCGUGUAACCGCAUCCGUGAGUUCUGUGAGGAACAUUUCCAGCCACAAGAACAUUACAGUGCACCUGAUGCUGAAGGUGAUAAGUGAU